AGUGAUACUCCUCGCAGCACUGUUGACAGGGGUGCUACCAUCUUCACAGGGCGAUGGCAUUCAGCUCUCACUCUGCCCUUCAAAGGAAAUGUCACUGUGAAAAGGAUAAGAUGAAUCAAGGCAGCAUCCUUUACCACAUCUUAAACCACAAGAGACAUCAGCAUCUACCUACCUGCAGCUGCAAGCAUGAAUCCAAAGAGAAGGUAGCACUAGGAUCGCCUUACAUCGCCUGCAAGGCUGCUUCUGAAGUUCUGCUCAAGACUAUGAACUUUAUUAAAAAUCUGCCCUCCUUUCGGUGGCUGCUGCAGCCAGACCAGCUGCUAUUGCUGGAGAACUGCUGGGCUGCCCUGUUCGUAUUGGGCUUGGCUCAGGAAGGGGUGGAUUUCGAAGUGAUUGAGCCAUCAAAGACCAGCAUACUGAAAGAGAUUCUAACAAAUCAGAAGGGCAAAGGCAGCGAUGAGAAAACAAUCAGUGAACCAUCAGCUGCUGAGGUACAGAAAGUCAAAUCGUUCCUAACUAAGUGCUGGAGCAUAGAUAUCAGCACUAAGGAGUAUGUUUACUUAAAGGGGAUCAUUUUAUUCAGCCCAGAUGUAUCAGGGCUGCAAUCUCCACAAUACAUCUUGUGUCUGCAGCAGGAGGCUGAACGAGCCCUCACUGAAUACACCCACUCUGUCAACCUACAGGACACAACCCGCUUCAGUCAGAUACAGCUUGCACUAACAUCCUUAAAGAGUAUCAAUGCACCUGCCAUCACACAACUGUUCUUUCGACCACUGAUCGGAAACGUGCAAAUGAAUGCUUUGCUGAUGGAAAUGCUGUACACGAGUUAGUCACACGUUGCUGUACGUCCCAAAACAUUUAAAUGAUGGACAAGACAGUUGUGCUUUACUUUCUAUUGAACAUGCUAACUUAUUUGUCACAAUUGUGUUUUCUAAAUGUUUAAGUGGUUAUGAUUAUGCCUGAACUGUGCCUAACCUACAUAAUCUGAAAAGCCGAUGGAUUCAUUAAAGUAUGUAUAAUGUUUA